AUGGAGGCAGGAGAUGAAGGAGACACGACAGACGGACAGCAACAUGAUGAUUCACAAGAGCUGCGGUGUUUAUAUGGUGAUGGUGGGACGUGGAUGCUAGGCGAUGUGACUAAGCAGCUAAUCAAGUUUCCCACCGUCGUCCAACACGAACACCUCUACACAACACGAACUCUUUGUCGGCCCAAGCCAUCACAAAGACCAACACCCUCACCUAACCCCGUCGAGGAAACCAGAACUGGGAUCAAACGGCAGACAGACGAAAACGAGAACGAGAACGAGACCGAAGACCCAACCUACUCAUCCACCUCCCUUCUUCACGACUCCCCCAUUCUCCUCCUUCUCCUUCUUCGAGCCUUGCCCUCAAAAUCCCACCGCACCGCACCGCACCGGACCGCCCAUAGCCACGCGCCCUCCCUCCCAAAACAAAUCCAUCAACCAAAUCCAUCAACCAUGUCCGUCGAGGUCAUCAUGGAUACGCCUCUGGCGCAUUCGCUGAACUCGGUCAUUCAGCCAAAGCUAGUCGAGGUCGGAUGGAGCUCAGGUGGUGGCGACGAGGGCCAGCUUGCUGAGUACAUUCUGCUGAUGCUGGCGAACAACAAAACCCAGGACCAGAUUGCCGCUGAGCUUUCGAGCGACCUGCUCGGCCUUGGCCCUGACGACCCCGGAGCUCGAGAAUUCUCGCAGUGGCUCUUCCAUCAGAUCGACAUCCUGAAUUCGCAACAGAAUGGAACAGACGGCCCGGCGAUGGUCGCUGGUGGUGCACAGGAUCCAGCUAUGCAGGAUGCGGAAAUGGGCGAUGUCUCCGAGGGCCUCGGAGAUGGCAAAGUACCCACGGGUCCAAAGUCGAUGCGCGAUGGUCCAGGGCCCUCUCGUCCAAGAGACAAGAGGAUGCUUGGCCAUCUUGCCAAGGCGAUGGAUAGAACCAACGACUCCGUCCUCCACCGCGUUCGCCCUCAGAACGGCAGCGAGCGCAUCAACACCCACUCCUCUCGAGCACCGCCCACCGGACCGCGACAACAGGCGCCUGGCCGCGGUGGGGUCAGAAAUAUGAACUCUCGUGUGAACGAAUAUGUCGCGACGCGAGGGGCGCCAAUGCAACAGGGAAACAUCGCAGCCAGUAUCAUGAGCAUGUCAUCAGACCAGCAGUUCCGACUCUACAGCAUGUUAGAGCAACAGUCGAAACUCAUGGCGCAGAUGAUCGCCCCUCAGCAGCAGAUGGGAAUGGGUAACGGGUUCCAGCAGCAACAACCAGGCCGAUCGCUCUUCGAGCGCGUUCAGCGACCCCAGAACAACGGCCGGGGAAAUUUCCAGCAAAAUAGCAAAUUUGGAGGACAACAACAGUACAAACAUCUCAACCACCAUCCUAGAACUGGCAGCGAUGCUCAAUCUUCGUCAAUGGACGUCGAGAUGCCGCAAGAGAAGAAGGAGCUUGACCCGGAGAACACGAAAUGUAGAUUUAACCUGGCAUGCACGAACCCAGAUUGCAAGUUCGCGCAUCAGUCUCCAGCAGCGCCCCCCAGUGCUAGCAUAGACUUCAAGGAUACUUGCUCGUUCGGUGCUGCGUGCAAGAACAAGAAAUGUACUGGAAAGCAUCCGUCCCCUUCCCAAAAGACUGCGUACCAAACAGCUCAGCAAUGCAGAUGGGGCUCAGAUUGCACCAACCCCAAUUGCACCUUCGUUCACCCAACUGCCUGUCGCAACGGUGCCGACUGCACCAUUCCUAACUGCAAGUUCGGUCACACGAAGAUCGUCUGCAAAUUCAACCCUUGUGAACGUCCCACCUGCCAGUUCAAGCACGUCGAGGGCCAGAAGAGAGGAAAAUUCGAGGACAAGGUCUGGACGGCGGACUCAGCGAAGGAGCACGUCAGCGAGAGGAAGUUCGUCAAGGAGAAUGCAGAGGAGGAGCUGAUUGUACCAGGGGCUCCGGGGGAAGGGUUGAUUCAGGAGUCGAGUGCUACGAUCAAGACGGAGAACGCGGAGGCCAUUACAUAG